UACUUGCGCACAUUCAUCAUUUUUAAGUAAAAGGGACAAGAAUAUUAUUACACCCAAACACACUCUCACUUUUUUUUCUAUUUUUCUACCAAUUUUUAUUUUCAAUUUAUUUUCAAUUUAUUUAUUCAUGUCAGUCUUCACACCAACGCUUUAUCGCCUUUCUCAUUUUCCUAUUUAGAUUUAAGGGGUAUAAAAUUGUUUAUUUUAAAUAAACAUUGAAAAUAUAAAAUAUAUACAAAUAUUUUUCCUUAAAUUAUUUUUUUAAUUCUAUACAUUAGUGACCGGCAAAAUUAUUUUUCCGGACCCGUAAAGGAUUCUGGAUUUCACUCUCAUUCUGGAUCAGAUCCAGCCGGAUUUUUCCAGAUAAAUUCGGUCCGGUUUAGUUCGGAAUUUUCAAAAAACCCGGAUUUGAGACCCGGACUCCGGAAAAUUCGGCCGGAGUCCGGUCUGGCGCCGGGCACUACUUUACAUUUUUAAAAAAUUUAAAAAAAUAUUUUUAGAUGAAUCUUCGUGAACAAUUUUCUACAAAUAAAUAUGCUGCCGGCCGUUUUAUGCAAUUACCUACUCAUAAUAAAAUUCAAGUUGAAUAUGUUUGGAUAGAUGGAAGUAUUCAAAAUGUUCGGUCAAAGACUAAAACUGUUGAUUUUAUCCCCAAAAAAAAUUGCCAAUUUGGAAUUUUGACGGUUCUUCAACAGACCAAGCAUCUGGUGCCGAUUCUGAUGUUUUUAUUAAACCUGUUGCUAUGUUCAAUGACCCUUUCCGUCUUGGAAAUCAUAAAACAUGCCUGGUUUGGAAUGGAACAAGAAUAUACACUUUUGGAUGUCGAUCAUCAUCCAUUCGGUUGGCCAAAGGCUCCUUUCGGAUUUCCUGGCCCCCAAGGCCCUUAUUAUUGCGGCGUUGGGGCUAAUAAAGCUUAUGGACGGGAUAUUGUUGAAUCACAUUAUCGUGCCUGUUUAUAUGCAGGAAUUACAAUUUCUGGGAUUAACGGAGAAGUAAUGCCUGGACAAUGGGAAUUUCAGGUUGGACCUUGUGAAGGUAUUGAUAUGGGUGACCAUCUUUGGGUUGCUCGUUAUCUUUUACAUCGCGUAGCUGAAGAAUUUGGUGUUAUUGUUUCUUUCGACCCAAAACCGAUUUCUGGUGAUUGGAAUGGUGCUGGAUGUCACACAAAUUUUUCGACCGAAAAAAUGAGAAAGCCUGGUGGUUAUGCUGAAAUAUUAAAUGCUAUUGAGGCCUUAUCAAAAUCACAUCAUGAACAUGUUGCUAGUCGAUGUUCUAGUGUACGUAUUCCUCGUCAAACUGAAGUUGAUGGAUAUGGAUAUUUUGAAGACAGACGUCCUUCUUCUAAUUGUGAUCCGUAUUUGGUAACUGAUGCUUUGGUGAGAACUUGCUGUUUGGGGGUUAAAAAGUUGAGUCGUUCAUAUAUUCCUCAAGAUGCAGAGGGUAUUCGAAAAAUGAUAAAUGAAUUACGCAGCGGAAAGAUACAGGAAUAA